CAUAUAUUGUGAGUGGAGGGUGUAUCCUCUGGCCAGUUGAACCACAAAUUGGCUUCUCUGAAUAAAUAAUUUGUUGAUUUUUCAUGUGGUUCCCAUGCAGACGAUUUUGCUAGUGCCUGUUGUUCCAUGUGGAGUUUUGCAACUUGGCUCAUUGGAAAAGGUUGCUGAAUAUCCGGCUUUGGUUGCUUAUGUCAGAGAGAAGUUCAAUGCCUAUCAGAAUGCAAUGGAUAUAUUACCUUUUAUUAGCAGGGAAUUUGUAGCUCAGACAUCAUUGUCACUUGUGCCUGUUGACAUGAAUAACUUGGAUGAGUCGUCAGCCACUGCUUUGAAGAAAAUAAAAUCUGAAAAUUCGAAGGCUGUUUACAAUGUCAAACCAACAAACAAUAUAUUGUCAACUACUAAUCAAAUGACACGUGUGUGUCUGGUUCAAGAUGCACGUCACAUAUCUAGAAAAGAGGUGGUAGAUAAUCUUAAUAGCACAAGGGAAAACAAAAUCAGUGUCCAAUCUAUGGGUUUAAUCGAAGUAUCACAACCACUCAAUCAAUCACUAAAUGAUACAGAGUCAGAGAUGAUUGAGGGUAGUGUGGUCGAAGUUUCUAGUUUGGACGAAGAAUUACAGUUCUCUUAUUCUGAUAACUACAAUGUGGGUUUAUUUGGACAGAACUCCAAUGUAGUUAUCAACUCUUAUUCUAAUGAACAUAUGAUGGAACAGCCGUUUGUAGACAAGGAUCCUGAUAAUGGAGGUCAUGAAAAUGUAAAUAGUUUCUUUAACUUUCCCAUGGACAAUGAGCUGCACGAUGCACUUGGACCUGCUUUCCUAGGACAGGCCAAAGAAUAUCUGUGGGACUCAUCUCUCUCAGGUGAGGAUGCAUGUAGUAGCUUAAACAAGACCUUCAAAAAAGAUCUUAACCAUGGUAUUGAGCCAUCAACCUGGGAAUCCAGUGGAUUGUUUGCCAACAGAGAUGAAGCACAUCAGUUGAAUGCUGUAGUUGCCAGUAUGCAUGGUGGUUUGAAUGAUAAUUUGUCUACAAAACCCAAUGAUGUCAAGUUAUCUAUUACAUCAAUGGGGCAAUUUGCUGCUUCCAACAAAUCACAAAGUCAACCUGAAGAAACCGCAUUUGUGGAGGGGAAAAGAGUUCCAUGGGGUUCUGUGACAAGUGCAUCCGGUGCUGGUUGCCAAAAUGCUAUUACUGAAUCUCCUCCAUCUUCUUCGUUUGACAAUAUGAUCAGUGCAUUGACUGAACAGAAGCAGAAGAAGAAAGCCAAUGGUUAUCUGCAGACCAGAAAAGGGUCAAAGCUCUCUAAUGACCACAAAAGAAGGGCUAGACCAGGUGAAAAACAGAGGUCAAGACCAAGGGAUAGGCAAUUGAUCCUGGAUAGGGUCAAAGAACUACGGCAACUUGUCCCAUACAGUUCAAAGUGUAGCAUUGAUGGCCUCUUGGAUAGAACUAUAAAGCACAUGCUGUUCUUAAGAAGUGUUACUGAUCAGGCUGAUAAAUUAAGGCAGUGUGUUCAUCAAGAGGUAACUGGUCGGAAGAAUAUGAAAACAUCUGGCACCAAGGGUGAUAGUAAGAAUGGGAAAAGCUGGGCUUUUGAACUGGGAAGUGAUCUCCAAGUAUGCCCCAUAGUUGUGGAAGAUCUUGAAUACCCAGGACACAUGCUAAUAGAGAUGCUUUGCAAUGAUCAUGGGCUCUUCAUGGAGAUUGCUGAGGUUAUCUGUCGUUUGGAGUUGACGAUCUUGAAGGGUAUGAUGGAGAGUCGUUCAAACAAUACGUGGGCUCACUUCAUUGUUGAGGCUUCGAGGGGCUUCCACAGAUUGGAUAUAUUCUGGCCACUGAUGCAACUACUGCAGCAUAACCAAUGUCCAAUUUCAUGCAAGAUAUAAUGGAUUUCACACCCUGGUUUGAAGGGGGUAAAAAAAAAUGCUUUCAAGUAUGAUUUCUAUCUAUCUGGGAACUUGUGUGUAACAUGUGAGUUUGUUUUAGGAGUCUACUAUCUUUCCGUGACCUGAAAUUGCUGAUAUCUGUACAUCAUCUUUGCAUGACAAAAGCAUUUUAGCUGACACGAAUGCUUGUCUGGGAUUGUUAAUUUAUUUACAAGUUCAUGGCAGUUUAGAUGCCAAUAUGCUCCUUGCUAAUAA